ACACAGACAGGCGGUCCGGAUCAGCAUGACGGACAGAAGACGGACUGAAGACUGCAUACAGGACGAGAAGAUCUCAGGUAGUAUGGGAAGCCUUAAUUUAAUUCCACCAAAUUUGUCCUUGAGAAGGAUGGUGUUGGUGGGAAUGACUGGAGCAGGGAAAAGCUCUUCUGGAAACACAAUCCUGGGCAGAAAAGCCUUCAAAGUCGCCAAAAGUGGUUCAUCUGUGACCAAAGAGUGUGGGAAAGAGACUGGAGAAGUGGCUGAGAGAGAAAUUACACUGGUGGAUACACCCGGUAUGUUUGACACAGAUAUUUCAGAGAAGGAGCUUCUGGAACAGAAGAUCAGUAAGUGUAUAAAUAUGACUGCACCUGGACCUCACACCAUCAUCCUGGUCAUUAAACUGGGUCCGUUCUCUGAAGAAGAGAGAAACUCUGUGGAGAAGAUCAGAGCCAUAUUCGGAGCAGAAGCAGAUAAACACACACUCAUCCUCUUCACACAUGGUGAUAAACUGACCAGCACUAUCGAGAAACACAUCAGUGAAGCUGGUAAGGAUCUUAAAGAAAUCCUGAGGCGCUGUGGAGGAAGAUAUCACGUGUUCAAUAAUAAAGACGUGGAUGAUCGUAAUCAAGUCACAGAGUUCCUGCAGAAAGUGGAGGACAUGGUCUCUGUUAAUGGAGGAGGAUUUUACACCAGUGACUCUUACCAGGACGUGGAGCUCAUGCUGAAAACUAAAGAAGAGGAACUGAAGAAGCUGUACGAGAAGAAACUAGAAGAGAAAGAGAUGGAACUGGAGUCCAGAUUUACUGAAGAAAAUAGGAAACUACAGGAGAGAAUAGACACACUAUCAGCAUCUGAGCAUGAAAAAGAAAAGAAGAUCAAAGAGCUGGAACGACUGAAUCAGAGUAAAAAGUGUAAAAAGACUGAGUACAAGCGUUAUUAUAAAGCAAAGCUCGGAGAGACCAGACAGGAGGCAGAACAGACUUGUGUUAAUCAGAAUAUAAUAAAGAUCAUAAAGGAGUUUUUCAAGAAACAUUAAUCACAUUGCAGUUAUAUGCAUGUC